AUGGCGCUUCAGGCACAGGUUCCUAUUCCUGGACCUGGGCUGGAGCUGAACAUCCACCUGCCACUUUCUCCGCCGGCUCGCAAGAGCAUUAUCAAUGAUUGCUGGAACGCAGGCUUGAACGACAGAGACUUCGCAAGACAAUACAAAAAUUUCCAGCCUUACUUUGAGAACUACGAGAGUCUCUGUCAGAGCUGCUCUCCGGAUGAUCUCGGGCAGCUACGACAUUCCGACCUGCUCGGGGCUUUCAAUCGAAUAGUAACCCAGAGUCGAAAUACGUGCAUCGGGGAGCUCAAGGCCUUGCUCUUGACCUUUCCUGCUCCCUUCUCCCAGCCACAAGAUGCAGACGAAUUCGUCCGCAUGUGGAUAGACACCACGGCAGAGUGUCUUCUCCUGCUCGACGUCCAUUCGUGGGCAGGCAACCAGACUCUGAAGGAAUUCCUCGAGGUCGAAUUUGCGACACAGAAAACCAGCAGUGGACCAUAUGCACCUUUCUCGAAAGUUCCAUGCGAGGAACCUCGCGAAAAUCUCAGGCAUGCGGAUACGCUGGACAAGUCUUCUGUCGAAGCAUCUGGCCCUGGAAGAGAGCGAAAGGGGUGA